AUCAUAUCGUUAUUAAGGAGGAAUUUAACUGGUUUCUUGCUGUAUGGCAGAACAUAUAUAGGGUAUUGGUGUCUUUAGUACAGAAAAAAGGAAGGAUCCGAAGGACAAGGAUAAAGAACGAAUUAUCAACAAUUAUCAGAGAUCUAUCACCCACCUGCUUAUAAAACUCUGAUAAGGGAGAACUUUCCUGUUUAGUUGUUUCUAGGAUGAAAACGUCAACAAAGCAAGUCCGACUGAUUAUUUGUUGUUUUUUCCUGAGUUUCUUAAUUGUGUUCAUCCAAUAUACCUUCUGCACUAACAAUUAUAGACAAGAUGUAUUGGAGCGCCGAAUAUCUGUCGAAUACUCUGAAGCCGUUGAAACGCAACUCCGGAGUCAUAAAGAGGGCAUUCAUUUGACUAAUCUGAAUUUAGAUGCAAAAUCGAAAAAAAUCGCAAAGUUGAAUGAAUCAAUAAAUACAACUAGAAUGAAGGAACACAUUUUCGAUCUAGACCAGCAUGACGUAACACAUAUUAUGCAUUCCAGGCAGACAGAAAAAAAGGUCUGUUCGAGUCCCAUGACUCAUGUUGCUUUUUUAAAAACGCACAAAACAGCAAGUUCCACUAUCAUGAGUAUAAUGCAGCGUUUCGGUUAUUUCCGUAACUUGACGUUCAUUAUGCCUUUGAAAAAGAUAGACCAAUAUAGAUUUAACUAUAUCGGAGCUCCAGGAGAAACAAUAUCGUAUGAAAAUAUCAUUCCAAAGAGAGAAGAGGAUGAAUACGACUUACUAUGCAAUCACGUGAUCUACAACGAGGGAGCAUUUCAAAAUACCUUUCCAAGUGAUACUUUUUUAUUUACAAUUAUCAGGGAACCUCUUAAACAACUAAUUUCAACAGUAAAUUAUUAUGGAUAUACGCAACAAGGAUACUUUGCUAAAAUUCUUAAUCAAAGUUUAACGAAUCCAAUGUCAGAUUACUUGAAAUCUCCAUGGAAAUUUGAACCGAGCAAUCCACAUUAUUCCGUAACAAACAAUAAAAUGUCUAUAGACUUGGGCUUGCCAGUGAGCCAAAUACGAAACGGAAGUUUCAUUAAAUCUUAUUUUGAAAGAUUAAAUACAAAAUUUGAACUAGUACUUCUACAGGAAUAUUUUGACGAGUCACUCAUACUCUUUAAACGCUAUACGUGUUGGUCUUUUAAAGACAUUAUUUACAUUUCGAAAAACAUAUGGCCGCUUCAUCAAAAUUUGAAUUUAUCUGCAGACGACAUAGACAAUCACAGGAAGUGGAAUGUUGCUGACUAUGCGCUAUACGAAAAGUUCUAUAAAAUAUUUUGGACAAAGGUUUUAAAAGAAAAAGAAUUUUUUGACGAGGUGUAUCAUUUUAGACGCAUUCUCCAAAAAGUAAACAUUCAUUGCUCAAAUGAUAAACAAUCAAAAAGUUUAACUAUAUUUGAUUCAAAAUGGAGUCCUGGUUUUAUUUUGACUCCAGAUGAUUGCAUUUUCCUAAAAAUUAACGAAAAACAAUUCAUUACAGUGAUUCAUAAAAGAAUGAUGUCACGUGCGUACCCUAACGGUAACAAUCCUUUUGAACAAACUACUACUGAAGAUGAUUUGGCUCAUUUAUUUCAAUAAAUU